AUGAGCAACAUCUCCGAAUGGUUUUACAGCGGCUUCGAGAACAUAGACAGAAUCAAGGUGGAUUCGGGGAAGAUAGAAUCCGUUAGGGAUUGGCCGAGACCAAAAAUAGUUACGGAAGUCAGAAGUUUCUUUGGUCUGGCUGGUUAUUACCGUCGGUUUGUAGAAGGGUUCUCUAAAAUUUCAACACCUUUAACCGAGCUUACCAAAAAGAAUCAUCGUUUCGUGUGGACUGAAACAGAGGUGAAACAGAGGUUAAUCACAGCUCUAGUGUUAGCCCUACCUUCUGAUAAAGAGAAAAAAUGUAGAUCUCCCAUUCACUGGGAUGAGACAAUGGAGAAGAAAUACUUAGGUCUGGAAUCUAUACAACAGACAAAUGAAGCAAUCGAGAAGAUUAAAGGCAGACUGCUUGCCUCUCAAAGUAGGCAAAAGAGUUAUGCAGAUCUGAAACGCAGGAAUGUAGAGUUUUGA